AUGGCUCCUCGUCGCACCGCACAAGCUCCAGUGCCCGCACCCACUAGCAACAGACCACUGCGGGUAAACAAGAAGAAAAGAAAAAAGUCCAAGGCUCGCAAGGCAUUCGAAAGGGCCGACAGAGAGGAGCGACGAAGGCAGAUACAAGCUGACUAUGCCCGCCUCCCAAACGGUGAAGAACUUGAGCAACCCGAGGCAGCAGAUUUCAUGGGCAGAUCGAGACUUCCAAACCUCAAAUACUAUCGGGCCAUCCAAAAGGAGCGAAAUGAGCUGAGAGCGGCCGAUGAACAAGCGUUGCCUGAAUCGCUGAAGGCUCGUAGGCCUGGGGUCCCCGACCCUUAUGACGAUGCAAAAAUACGUCGGCGUUAUUGGAUGAGUGAAGACGACGAGGGCGACGAGGAAGACGAGGAGAAGGAGGGUGAAAAGCCUUACGAACCAUUCAGGCCACGAAGGAAGCGCAUGCAUAAGAAUACCACUGUACCACCUAGAAGACCACCUUUGUCUCAAGAAAUCAUCCUCCCCGAGGAUGAGCCAGAAGAUGAGCUUCCUCUGCUUCCAGACCUCAGAGCAACACCCACCUUUAUGGGCCUUCCGAGAGAGGUUAGAAUGGAGAUUUAUCGCUAUCUACUCACCGUCAAAAGACCAAUUGCCGUUCACGGUGGCUGGCAGCAAGUUUACUGGACCAAGGACCUGCAGCUCUCAACCAAAAUCCUCAGAGUAUGCAAAAGGGUGCACGAAGAGGCAAGCACGAUGCUCUACGGAUCAAAUACCUUUUUGUACCGCCUCCGUGAUGCCACUACCAACGUGUGGAAUAUUGAGAAUCUAGAGAUGGAGGAUUCGCUGUUUCUCGUGGAUGAAGAAGAGAGCUCUUCGGAAUAUGAGGAAGAUCUUGAACGAGAUGAUGAAGACGAAGAAGACGAAGAAGACGACCCGAAGGAGAGCACCAUAAAUAUUGACAAGUACGGCCAUCUAUUUCGGAAUAUUACGAUCGAAGCCGAGGCAAACAGGUACUCAACGUCGACUCAAGACAGCAUGGUUGCUGCUCUGAAUGUGUUCCGCAAGCCGGACGACGGCGCCCCAGACGAGGACGCACCCUAUGUGAAACCUCGUAACAUCCAUACGCUGACUGUUCGAAUCAUGCCGACCUGGGACCGGCAAAACGAUCAACUUGAACAGGGACGCUUCACGUUUGUGGACUUCUUCAUCGCCGGCGGCCCUGUGAUUAACGCUAUCAAAGCCGUUGACUGCCAGAUGCUCUACGUCGAGCUCCAGACUCGACACUCGAGCAGGCGGUCUGCUCACGUCACCGUGAGCGGCACGGGCUCAUGCCGCCUCGCAAUCAACAGGCGCCACGAACAGGCCUUGGCCUAUUUCAGAAAGAACCCGUCGGCCGGUAUGGGCGACAAGGCGUUGCGGAUGCGCACGGUGGAGAUGGCGAGGAGGAGCAUGGAGGCGAUUGAUACCCUGGCUACGCACAUCCAGGAGCAGUGCAACCAGAGAGAUUUUGGCCAGGAGACUGCCAUGAAUACGGAUAUCAAUUCCCUUGACUGGCUUGAUCUUGAUGAGGAGGAUGAGGACAUUGAUGAAGAGGAUGAGGAUUUCGAUGAAGAAGAUGAUGAUAUUUGA